UGAAAAAACAAUACUAAAAUCAGAAGUUGACCAAACAUAGAAAUUGAGCCUAAAAUAACAUACAAAUACUCAUCAUUUCAUCUACUCACUCCACCACACUAGUUGUAUAAAUCCCCAUCUCUUUCCUCUACUUGCCACUCUCUACUACUUACAAGAUGCGAAGCAUGGCGAGCUCACGAGGCAAUAUUGCCGCCAUCGUCGGUGUGGGCCCCAACCUCGGCCUCUCCAUCGCUCGCAAGUUCGCUCACGAAGGUUACACCGUCGCGAUCCUUGCACGUGACUUAGGGAGAUUAUCAGAAUUUGCGGAGGAAAUAGCGAGGGAAGAAAAAGCACAAGUGUUUGCGAUAAGAAUUGAUUGUUCAGAUUCGAGAAGCGUGAGAGAAGCAUUCGAAGGUGUUCUUUCACUUGGAUUCGUUGAAGUUCUUGUUUACAAUGCUAAUUUUCAAUCACCUCUUCAAUCUAAGCCUACUCCUUUUCAACUUCUUCCCAUUCAAACUUUCCAAACUUCUCUUGCAGUUUCAUCUCUUGGUGCUUUCAACUGUGCUCAACAGGUGCUGCCUGGUAUGGUUGAAAGAGGAAAGGGAACCAUUCUAUUUACUGGCUGCUCCGCUUCUUUGAACGGCAUUGCUGGAUAUUCUGAACUAUGCUGUGGAAAAUUCGCUUUAAGAGCACUGUCGCAAUGCCUUGCUAAAGAAUUUCAACCACAAGGAGUGCAUAUUGCCCAUAUUAUUAUCGAUGGUCUUAUUGGCCCACCCAGAGGAUCGGCGGCCGCAACGACAACGUCUCGGGGAGGAGGUGAUCAGGGUGUUAUGGACCCUGAUGCAUUGGCUCAAACAUAUUGGCAUCUACACGUUCAGGACCGGAAUGCAUGGUCUCAGGAAAUAGAUGUUCGUUCAUCCAUCUGCUAGAUUCUUGGUGCUUGCAAUUUGCAACAACUACUCGCUUUUGCCGUCACUGGAUGCCAUUGCUAGAAUGAACUUAGAAUUAAUCGAUGAUGUUGGUACUUCGUGGUGUACUUUACAACUAUUAUUGUAUGUCAAGUAAUUAUUAUUAUUAUUAUUAUUAUUAUUAUUAUUAUUAUUAUUAUUAUUAUUUGAUGGUGCCAUCU